UCUUAUGCUAUUUAACCUUUGUACCAAAAAUGGCGCACAAAUUACCUUUAGGCAUUGAUGCGUUAGUUCAGCUGAGCACAUCAGGGAGCUUGCCCAGCCCUUAGUUCUUCGGGCUGAACAUCACGACUCUACAUAGAAUACUGAAAACUUUGACUUGGAAAUGGUGCGAACGUGGAACCGGGAGCCUAGCCCGGACCAAGCGAAAGCAAGUAGAGAAGGAAGUGCACGCCAUUCCCCGGUAAGCAGCAUGAGAUGUGGAGUGUCAACAUCAACUAUUGUUAUCGGGGGGAGGAGUCCUACCUCAAUGUUCUUGCGGACGCCGGUCAUCAGCCGUCGACAACAGCCAUUGUGAGCCCGAACCCUAACUCUUAUUACUGCAUGCAGACGAUCUAUUUCCAUAACUCCUCCCAGCGCUUUGGCUUCGAUGGCAAAGUGCGGGUUUCCAACUUCCUCAACGGCUUCGACAGCCAGCUUGCCGAAGCGCGAGCCCGCAUGUCUUCAGCCAACACAGCCACCCACACCCGUUACGACUUCUCAAACUCUGGAACGGGCAACCUCUCAAUUAGCAUGGCUGCUGAAAUGGCAAAAUCCAUCAACUCCUGCUCGACCAUGCGGUCUGGUCGCUCCAAAUCCGCCACCGCUCGCAGCCUAGUAGCUAACGACACCCGCUACGCGCACCUAGAUGAGCCCCACGCGGACCACGUGGGCCCGGGCGCCUACGAUGUCAGCCGCGCGGCGCCGGGUGUGGGGCAGCUGCCUCUGGACUCGCACACAUCCAGCGCCAUGCCGCGCUGCGACCCCUAUCGCGCCAGCGCGCCCUUCCAGGGUCCGGAGCGGCCCGGCAGUGCUGCUUGGGUGCGGCCGCAGGGGAUGUGCGGGCCGGACGCGUUCUACAUCUCACCCGAGUUCGUGCCCGCCCCCGACCACGCGGCCCGCUGGGAGGUGGGCGGCGACCAGCGGUUCGACGCGGCGGAGUGGCGCCACGGCCACGCGCGCGUCAUGGCGGCGGUGGUGGCGGGUGCGGCGGCGGCGGCGGCGGUGGGUGCGCCGCUGCCGGAGCGCCCCUUCAGCUCUGACCUGGCCACCGACGUGGCGGGGCGGCCGCUGGACAUGUCGCUGCGGGCGACACUGAGGAACGGCUCGGGCGUGUCCUUCACCAGCAAGGAGCCCCGCCUCACCUCGCUGCCCCCCGAGCGCACCUCGGACAUCCGCGCCUCCCGAGUGGUAGCGCUGCGCGGACCCGAGGAGACGGCGCACCUGGGCCCGGGCGCCUACUCGCGACCCAUCUCCGUGGGAGGGCCGCGCCGCCGCACCUACCGCCUCUUCGUCGACCCCCUCACCAACCCGCAGCCCAGCGACAAGUUCGGACCCGGACCCGGCACGCAGGCGGAUGCGGCGGCGGUGGUUGCCGCGCAUGAGCAUGGUACGGCGCGGGCGGCAGCAGCACGGGCGGCGGCGGUUGCGGCGGCGGCGACGGGGGGAAACCUGGGGCCGAGCGGGGCCAACAGCGGCAGCAUGUCGAUACGGAGUACGGCAAGUGGGACGAGCACGGGGACGGGUCCUGGCGGGCGGUUAGCGCCCAGUCCGGCGUUUAGCGGGCCGUUCAGAUCGCACAAGGCGGGCGCGUUUGAUUACCGGACGGAUAGCAGCCUUGUGCGGUAUUGACCCAUGGGUCAACUGGUAUUCGCCAUUGAUAAAGUACUGUUUUGUAUGCGUAUAUGAGCAUUCUUACAGGGGGGGCAUAGACAGCGUGCAGAGAAAUGUGUGUGUGCGUGCGAUUUUUGUUUACUGCGAAUCCCAAUGUGUCUACAGUUAAGUUAGGGUUUGGACUGGCUUCAUGUACGACAUGGAGAGAGAUCCGUGUCUGGAUUCCAUCAUUGGGUUGAGCAAACUCGCUGUGAAGGGCAUCACACCAAUGGAACUCAAAGCUGUGUCUGCCUAGGGUUUAAAGCAGUUCACUUGCGGAUGCCUAAUAGGGGUGGCAGCGAGUAUGGCGUGCAUGAUGACGGUGAGGACAGGAAAUUCGCACGGCAUGCUUCCGCCCGGCCUGCUUGCCUGCCUUUCGGAUGCGGUAGCGGAGGUGCAUGUCGUGCGCAUGACGGCAUGAGGCCAGGCUGCACCGUUGCAGGCUGUACGGUCCGUUGAUGACAGCAAGCGGUCCCGAUCCCAGCUGACCAGCGCUGGUCGGAUGGAAUAUAGGUACCGGGGUGAGUGCUGCUGGGUGAUGUCAUACGGGUUUGUUGCUGUUGGCAGAGCACACGGAUGGCAGGAUGGGUUGCAUGUAAGCAGGCAGGCUGCAACCAUGCUUGCCGGCGGUGGCGGCGGGAAGCGCUAGGAAGCUGCCUAGGUGGUGUUAGAUAAACUCAAGAGUAAUGGCAAAGAGUAAUAGCUCAGAUUCAUCUCUAAGACGGACUCGUAUAGGAUGGUUUUUUCGGCAGGUGUAUGUUGCAGGGGUGAUCUGCAUGACUAACUGGUUGGCGCAUUCGAACACGGCAGGCGUGCUCGUGCUGUGGCGCCUACACGAAAGCGUGCGCUUGGAGAUUCUAGGCAAGUGUUAGGUUGCCAGAGGCAGUGCUAGGCGCUGUUUUCACGUGGUCGGGUUGCCAUUUGCUCGUCGGGCUGAUGCAGAGCAACGGGUUGCCUUGGCAGGAUUGUUUUCAAUACGGUAGGCACCAGGAUGGCAUCUGCCUGCUGAGCUAGGUCAUGCAGGUAGCAUCCCGAUAUGCGACCCACGGGUCAUUGUUAACAUGGUACAAGUCACGUCACGGCGUCAGUGUAGGUCCUUCUGUCUGGCCUGAAGAUUCGGCCCUGGUAGGGCCCGUGAA